AAACAAUACUUUCAUUUAGUACUCUCCCACAACAACUCCCUCGUAUCUCUCAAGGAGCAGAUUAGUGCUGGUUUGGUGCAAUAUCUGCUCCGUAUGUUUGGGAACUAUCAACUAUCCUGCAGACAAUUUUUCGCGAUGCCCAUCCAGCCAUUCCGGCGGAGCUAUGCGACAGGGACGGAUCGGUCAUACAUAAGUGGGCGGUGCAGGUAUCGUUUCUGCGAAGAAAGUUAUUCCUGCUUCGUUUUUCGAAAGUCGACUUUACAGGCCAAUGACCUUCCUGCGCUGUGAGCUUACGUGUAGAUCAACUGGCUCAUGUUGGGACGAUGGGAACUAUGCGCCGCUCUGCGCACCUUCACUGCAUGCCCUUGCGCAAGAUAAAUAUGUUGCUUGGGAGACACCCAUUGGCCCAUCUCGUUUUUUCCCCGUCAAAAAUGUUCAUAUCUUUGGAAGUGAUCAAGAACAGUUUCUUGCAUCUACACUCACGUCCUCGACUUGACACGAACAACGGUCUAUAAGUUGAUCCACGAGGUAGGUCCGUUCUGCCGCGACAACGUAAAUCCUGUUGUUGUAGUCGAGUACGUGUGAUGCGGUGGAGGCUCAGGGAAAGCGAGGACGGAUUGGGUUGGUUGGUUCGUUGGACGGCUUUAUACCUCUUUGCGCGACCUUUUUCUUCUCUUUCUUUACGUAUCAUAGAUAACCUAGGAAUCAACAAAUCCCCAUAUUUCCUCUGCAAGCAUUUGUUCUUGUUGUACGAGGAAUCUGUUGAAGGCCCUAUGGACUGGUUACUCUUUGUCUUCACGGCAAUUCGACUUCGCAAGGCCCCAUUUUGGGACUUCAAUCAGAUUACAGCGCUUUCGAUCGGCAUCGAGACAGGGUUGGACUCUUUUCUCGAGGAAGUUAAUGUUGACGAAGAAGACCUGUUGGCAACAACAGCGACGACACUAGCGACCUUGCUUUCCCCGGCCAUUUCAGCGGCACAGGCGUACCCGAAUUUUGCGUUGACGAUCAACUGAGUUCAUUGCAAGAACAGGAACUGUCAGCCAAUGCUGAGAAAGCUGUCUCGACAUCGAUGGAAAUAUCCGCAAUGUACCAAGAACUUUCGAUAGCAGCUGCUCAACAAGCAAAAUGCCAGGAGCUGAUGGUUGCAGAAUAUUGAAAGAAGCAAGCUGAAGGUGUUGCAUAAAUGUGUUUGGGGGAGAGGGGAGGUUCGGGGAUUGUGGAAUGGGAUAACUAUGAUGUCAGAUGAAGUAACCGACGAUGUGCUUAUAGUUUUGCGAGGAGAGGAAGAUGAGGGAGAAGCACCGAAGGCUACCAAGGGGGAGAUAUUGGGGAAGUGCUUGGAAAUUAGGAAGUUUUGAAUGAUAUGACGGUCAUAGCCAAGGACCCAAAUAGGCUUAGUGGGCUACAAAGGCACUUGGUGGAGUACUACACGGAGCCGCGAUCCGUGCACUGAGGCUCCAGGCAAUUCAAGACGGUUUGGAAAGCAAGGACGGCAGUGCUGAUGAGAUGAGAAAUACUUUGGAGGAGGAGGAAUAGUAGAUGAAAGCGGACUAUUGCGAGGGAUCAUUCUGGACAGGGUGCUAAUAAGGGGGAAGAAGAGGGUGUACGAUAGGGCGCCUGUGUACAGUCGGCCGGUCAGUCCUCCAACGAGGAAGGACCAAUUCAAUCCCCCGACUCAUUACCAACUCCCCCCCAACCCCCCAGUUCAAGAAUCAGCAACCUCUGUUCCCCCCUCCACAUCCGAUCUCGUCCAGCUCAGGAUGCUGGAGAUCCUUGAAAGGUUCUCAACGAACACCACCUCUAUCACUACCAACUCUAGGGCGCCCGAAACCAGGCACCUAGCCAAAGAACCUGACUCGUUUAGUGGGAAUCCCACCGAGUUAGAAAACUUCCUAACCUCCUGUGUCCUUUAUAUGGACUGCUACCCAGGGACCUUCAACAGUGACAAGGCAAAAAUCAACUUCAUUAUCAGCCAUUGCCGGCAUAAGGUAAUGAAAUCCCUCCGCCCGCUGAUGAACCGUGCACAGCAACCGGAACUCCUCCAAAAUUACGAGGAAUUCCUUAAGUACCUCCGUCGCCAUUGGGGAGACCCAGACGAGAAGUGGAACGCUAAAAGAGAAAUACGGAACCGGCAAGAGCGACGUUACCUCUCUGGUUACAAGGAUCCUGGUGGUUUGACCAACAUCACCCUUCGAUUCUUUAAACCCAACCUUCCUGCCCAUGUCCAACCCAUGGACGCGGGAAUCAUCAGUGCCUUUAAGUCUCGUUACCGAGCCAAGGUCAUCCCGUUCGCUCUUGCAAAUUACGAAGACGGUGUACCUCCACACCUUUGCUACAAAGUAGACAUCAAGAGUGCUAUGGAAAUGGCCGAUGAUUCCUGGAAUGAGAUCACGGGCGAGACAGUAGAGAACUGUUGGAAGAAGGUCUUGCACGUCCUCAAUUUGGGCCCCGCAUCCCUGAGAAAGAACAGCCAGUAUGGAGCGCCUACCACGGCACAGAGAUCGAAGGCCACUGCGUCUUCGAUCGCUACCAUUAUGUACGCGUCCUCCAUCGUGAAUGGGAUAGCGAAAAUUACGCCAAGAGACUUCCACUAACCGGUUUCAACUCGCCGCUCAGGUACAUUUUGUUCUGUCUGUGGCUCCGAAAAUCGACAAUGUCGAUAUAGCCGUACAUGAUACGGUUUAUCAUUCCGGCAUUUCCUUUUUUCGGAGUCUGGAGGAUGUCGAACAGCAAGCCAUCAUAGACUUCUAUGACGACCAUGCUCGAGACGACCGGGGAGAAGGGGAUGGGAGGAUUAGCAGCAUGUGGCAGAAUUUGUGGAAGUGGAGGUCGCAGCAGAGGAGGGGGGAAUGAUGGUGGCGGAUGAAAUAUGUAAUAAUAUAACCAAUGUAGCUAUGGAGAAUGCUUGCUACGAAGAUGGCUUUGCUCGACAUUCAAAAGUUCUCCUAGCCUGCAGUGCAGCAUUGAAAAGCCAGCAGAUGGUUGUUGAAAUAGUGACAAGGCUAUGGUAAUCCAAACCAAGGUCCUGCAGCAAUCCCAGUCAAGCCUAGUCACCAGUUGGGAAAGAUAAGAACCCCAGGCUAAAGUGGGAUUGAUGGCACAUUAUUUAUGUAUGCAUAUAAAGGUGGACUAAAAGCUUGGAUCGGAAUUGAUGGCAGCUUAUGUAUGCA